GUGAGCUGCUGCCAGCUUCCGCAUCUCGCCUCCAUUCGACCACGUCAGGUCAACUCCAUCCUCCAAUGCACGACCAGGAAAUGGCAUUUCACAAAAACAACUGCGGUGGCUUGCCCUAGCUCCUCGUUCCAGAGGCCAGUUAGAAGAGCACAGCGAAAACGGCAAUUUUUUCGUCCAAGUGUCGUCAUAAGUGCGACAGCCAGGACUGGGUAGAUACGUGCACAGCAGUAUCACGUCGUCCCCGGGAAUUAUAUGCACACCCGAUUACUGCCCCAGUUUUCCUUACAGCGCCGUUACGCUCAUCCGGAUAUCUUACCUAAGCUUAUCCAGCGGGUCUCUGAACACCCGUCACAGUAACGAGCGGUAAGCGCGGCGUACGUCAGCAUUCGUGGCUGUCGCACGCAUCUGUCGCACGCAGUUGAAUCUGUCGCGGAUAUUUCAACGUAAACGUUUUUGCAAAGCAAGCUAGACGAUUGUAGCCGUUGGAACUUCAGCGUAUGGCGCUAGUUGACCGUUGGACGGCCGACGACGAUGCUGACUUGGUCUCUUUUCCAACAGAGGGCGCUUUUGUUUAUUCUAAUACCGAAUCCUUCGAUAUCGAGACCUGUUCCUUGGUCCGAGAGCCUCAUGCGUAUCCGGACGAUGAGCUUACGGGCGAGGCAUGGGGGGAGAACACGACCGGUCGAGCGAUGAUGAUGAUGCGCACCCACGACGGUUCGCGAAUGUCGGCGGUUUCGAUAGUAGAAGCCGAAUGUGACAACUGCGAAGGUUGGGGAGACAGUGUGUGUCAGGAGGGAGGGCCGGUAAGGCGGGGAUUGGAUCGUAACGAACCAAGCGCGGUUCGUCUGCAGCCUCGUGGAUUGCUUAGGCGGCGAAGUGACCCGUCCGAUUGGUACUACGUGCCUUUCCCACUGUCUAGUUCGCACCAGGGAGACUCCCUCCAUGCCCGUAGCAAUAAGAGCGUCCUUCCAAAGUCGAGCUCCGGUCCUACGUUCCUAUAUCCUUCCGCUCCUUCCGCUCCUUCCGCCCGCCGAUUCCUCCACCGCUCCUCCGCUCCCCACGGUGCACCCUCCGCGCAUCCCGAAGCCUCCGCGGAGGCGGAAAAUCCCGCAUUUUCCCCUGCGGGCCUUGCGUUUCCCCCUACUGCAGGCGCGCAGCCAACGCUGCUCCGCAAGUCCUCCGCUCCCCCUUUGCGCGCCAAUGCCCCUGCCACCCGCAUUUUUGCGGAGACCUACGCGCCCGGCUGGGGUUCCUUCAGCGAACGAGCGGCGGAUACUAUCGCAAUCGCUACAACAGCGGAUAGUACAGGGGAAGUCAGGACGGGAAAUGCGGCGGGAAACGGGGGGAGGGAUACCGCUUUAACGCGCAGGCGAACAGUAGAGGCGAUGCCGGUUUUCGGGAGUCAAUUGGUGGCUGACACGCGAAGAGGGGGAAGGGGGAAAAGCGGUCCACUUUUUCUCGGCGCAUCUGCUGCUGCCGCGGCAGCGAGUGUGGCGGUGGCAGCAGCAGCCUUCCCUGCCGCUUCAAGCUUCUCCGAGCGCCCCUCCCGUCGCCUGGAGCAGCAGCAGCAGCAGCAGCAGCAGGUGUGGCGGCGAAAGCUGAGCGUUGAAACGAGGUCCGGUCUUGACAGGGGCGAUGGAGGUGCGGCGGGGGAAGGAGGGCCCGAUGGUAGCAGUACGGCCGCACGGGGCAUGUUGAACGGGCUGCGUGGACCAACAUCAGCAGCGCCAAUGGACCCAGCAGCACGAGUGGAAGCCGCAGCACCACCAGCACCAGCAGCAGCAGUGGCGCCGCUGACUCCAGACACUCCCGUGCCUGGGAGCAAGGGCCUGUGCUGGCCCACUGAGAGGAAGGGCGCCAGUGGCAGUGGUGCCGGCCGCAGCGAUCUAAGCAGAGCCAGCUGUGCUGUUUCACGCUCUAUCCCCUUCAGUGAAAGCGACGAGCUGAGUGAUACUAAGGAGCGUGGCGAGGAGCAGAGAGACGCUGAGGAGCAGAGAGCGUUGCAGUGUGGAGGGGGGGACCGAGCAGGGGUGGAAGGAGUAUGGGUCCGAGGAGAAGAGUUGGCAGCGAUGUGCCCAAGUCAGUGACGUGGGGCGACACACAGAGCAAACCAGCAAGGAGCCGCGUUGUUGUGCUGCCUAAAUCCGUGUCUCUGUCUGCAAACGCGUCAGUCACCAGCUUGGGUCCCAAUUCAGGUUCGAGUUCGAGUUCAGGUUCAGGUUCAGGUUCAGGUUCAGGUGAGCGGCACCUCAGGCAGCAUCGACGCGGGUGGAGCAUUGCGGGAGCAGCAGCAGCAGGCGCUGUAUGUAGCUGGGAGCGUAGAGUGGCAGAGGACGCAUCUUCAAGCCCCUUAAACGAGCACGGGGAUUCCAUAGGGGGCGAGCUUGAUGAAUGCAAUGAGCAGCAGCAGCAGCAGCAGCAGCCACGGCCGCAGCUACAGCUACAGCAGCAUCACCAGACGCAGCAGCAGCAGCAGCAGCAGCAGCAGCAGCAGCAGCAGAAACAGCAGGGGACAAGGGAGCCACAGCAGGUGCAGCAAAAGGCACGCAGCGGGCCUCUACAACCCCCCCCAGGUGGUGGUGGCGGUGGUGGUGGUAGGCGGUCAGUGCACUGGAGGAGCCACAGCACUGUUGAACGGUCGCACUCAUGCACUCCCUCACUCACUCACCCUCUCACUCCCUCUGCCACUCACUCGCACACUCCCUCUGCCAAUCACUUGCACACUCCCUCGCUCGCUCACUCAAACGCGCCCUCUCAUCCUCACUUCUGUGAGGGGGUGGGGUAUGAAGAGGCGCGGGGGGACGUGAGGGACGAGGAGGGGGGAGAUGGGGGAGAAGGGAAGGAGGGGAAAGGCAAGGGAGGGGUGGAUGGAGGGAGGAAAGGAGGUAUAGGGAGGCACGGCCGCAGCAGGAGCCUGGUGGCCCUCCGAAGCAAGUAUGGCAGCAGCAACAGCACUGCUUCUGGUGAUGACGUGGGUGGUGCUUCAGACUUCUCCCCUGCCGCGCUGCCUGGGUUCUUGCUGUCUGCAGCCUCGGCUGCUGCCGCCGCCGCUGUGUGUGCGGCCAGCUCAGCAAGCAGAGUGGUCCAGAGAAGGCAGAGCUCAUCCUCCGCAUCAUCCAGCCACUCCUCUUCUGCUGCAGGGGUUGCUGGCAGCAGCAGCAGCGGUAACAUGUCGAGGAGGAAAAAAGGGAGGAGCAUGAGCAGCAUCGGUUUGCAUUCCCAGCCACAGCCGCACAUUCCUAGCGGCAGCUACAAGACGAAUACUUCUGCCAGGCACAGGCGUACUGUCAGUGAGUUUCACCACAGCGCCGCUUCUGCUGCUGGUGGUGGUAAUGAUGGUGAUGGUGGUGGCAGCAGCAGCCUCUGUGGCAGCCCCAGCAGCAACCGUGCUGGGAGAUUCGACCACCCCAGGCACGCCAGUGCUGGUGCCCUGGCUGCUCUCACCAGCUGUGCCUUCCCCCGCAAUCCAAGCCCCCUCUCCUCCCCUGCUCGCCCUGCCAGCUACAGCACUGGCCGCGCCAGCAGCCAGAGAAACAACUUGAAGAGUCCUCUGGGCUCUCCCUCUCUCCGCACCCUUUCUCCUUCCCUCUCUCCUUCUCGCUCUCCCUCCCGUCGCUUCCCCACGUCCUCCUCUCUCUCGCGCCCCCGGACCCCAUCCCCUCUCUUCCCUCCCUCCUCAUCCAUCUCCCCGGGAUGCUCCCCCACACUCUCUCCCGCUCACUCCCCCACUCGCUCCCGCAACAGCAGCCCCAUCCCUCGCCUCCGAGCCUUGGACCUCCCAAGCCUGUUCUUCCGAGCCUGCAGCCCAGGCUCGUCACCUGGCCGAAGCUCGUCGCCUGGCCGAGGCUGCUUGGCAGGCCCGGCGCCCAGCUGCUUUGGGUACAUGAGCAGUCCCCAAGGGUAUGGAGGCAGGUCACCUGGGAGCAGCAGUGAGAGCAGCGAGAGGAGUGAAAGCGGUGGCAGUGAUGGUGGCGGUGACAGUGAUGGCGGUGACGGCACUUACAGCCCUGCUGGUAGCAUGGUCUUGCACUUGCAUAAUGAUGAGUGUGGGGAGGAGUGUGGGGAUGAAUGUGGGGAGGAGUGUGGAGAAGUGAGUGGGGAGGAGUGUGUGGUUGGAGAAGAGAUGAGAGGGGGGAGCGAUGGAGCAGGAGAGGAUUCUGAAGAGGAGGAAGGAGAAGAGAGCAGAAGUGAGGGAGGAGAGGACGGGGAAGUGGAGGAGGGAGAAGUAGAGGAAGGAGAGGAGGGAGGAGGGGAGGGAGAAGGAGAGAGGGAAGAAGCAACCAGAGCAGAAAGCAGAGAACGCAGUGAGGGAAUGGAGGGACGAAGCACGGGCCAGGAACGUGUAAUGGGGCAGCUUCUUGCUCCAUUGACGAAAGAGAGUCUGCCUGUAACGAGUAUGGGUCCUCCAGCAACCCCUGUGGAUUCUGCACGGCCUACAACCCCCGCACCUACCACCACCCUUGCUUCCACAGCUCCUGAUCCCUCACCUCAGCGCAUCAACUCAACUCCCCCCUCCACCCCGCCACACCUGGCCCCUCCUUCACGCCCCAUCACCCCGUCCCUCCUCAACCAUCCCUCACGCCCCAUCACCCCGUCCCUCCACAACCAUCCCUCACGCCCCAUCACCCUGUCACGCCCCGUUACCCCGAUUGUUCGCCAGCCCAGUGCAGCCCGCAGCUUCCUGCAGGAGCUCAGUGCAAGGCGGCCGCAGGGGGUGGCCAUGGGGGGUGUGGCUGGGGAGAGGGGAGGACUCCAAGUCAAGGAUCUUGGUGGGGAUGGUGGUGGCUUGAAUAGGACGGCAGGUGCAAGUGGCGCGGAGAGUAGGGGACGAGAGAACGUGAACCACGGUGGUCUCACUGGUGGUGAUGCAAGAAACGGUGGGCGGCGUUCCUUGUCGCCAUUAGGACCCCAGCUGCUGCCCGACGCUAUGUCAGGUCCCCGCCCGGUACCCUGCCACAGGCAUGCCACAGGCGUGCAGAGCACAAGCACACACAAUACCAAGGCAAGCGCACACAUGCUUCUGGCUGCCCAGGCACAUCUGGGCCGCUCGUACAGCAGCGUUGCAUCUCACGCCCAAGAAUUAACGGCUGGGAUGUCUCUGGAGCACGUCCCACAAGUGCCUCUUCUCCCCCAUGUGCGGCCAGCGCCGCUCCGCACAGCCAGUAUGAGCAUGGCGGGGGAGUCUAUAGAGGGGAUGGGCAGGGUUGCUGGCCGGGUGGCAGCAGAAGACGCACAGAGGGGAGGUGGAGGAGCAGGGAGAGGAGGUGUAGGGGUGGUACGAGGAUGGGGAGAAAGAGGAGGAAGAGGAGGAUGGCGAGAGCAAGGAGGUAUUGGAGGUGGGAGUGUGAUACGACCAGUGACUUCAGGGGGGAACAUGGGUAUGGUGGUGGUGAGGCAUGGCACGAAUGCUUCUGGAGUCAUGGGAGGCAUGGGAGGCAUGGGAGGCAUGGGAGGAAGAGGGGAUGCAGGAAGGAUGGGGAACAUGCGUCAUCCGCACAUGACAGGGAUGGGUAUGAUGAGGCGGUGUGGCAGCAUGAACAUGGCUUCUGACGUGGAUGAUCCCUACUGGUCCGGUCGUGGUGAUGACAUGGAUGGCUUCGACCAAGGGCUGUAUGCUGAUGUGGAUGGAGUGUGGGUCGAAGGUACGGAACCUGGAUGGCGGAGUGGUGCUGGUGUCAGCAUGAGGCUGCAUGAUGUCAGCAUAAUGCAGCGGCCAUACUCUUCUGGAGGGCCUCCCAUGGGUUUGGCGAGAGGGAUUCACAAGGGUGCUCCAAUGGGCAUGGGUGCUCCAAUGGGCAUGGGUGCUCCAAUGGGCAUGGGUGCUCCAAUGGGCAUGGGGGGUUCUGUGAACAUGGGAUCUGCUGUGGGCAUGGGCGCUGGACUGGAUCACCGUGGAAAACACACAGGUAUGGUCAAGAUGGGCCUUCAUAGACACAUGAGCAUGAGCAUGGCCCCACAACUGUCGCAUUAUGACGAUGAAAGGACUGGUCGUCGUGCUGAUGAGGGUGAGGAGGAUGAAUGGGGGGGUGUUCCGGCUCGUCCUGGUGCUGCCACACCUAGUGGGUACACCCGUGGCCUUGACCGGAGCAGCAGUUCAGGAUUUUAUGUUCUUCAGCGGGCGGGAUCUGAAGUGUUGUGUUUAGAUCCCGACAGUUAUGCCAUGGAGGCGUAUACGUCAAGGGUGGGCAAAUUUGGCAGAAAUGCGUGGCAGUACUAAGGGACUUAGGGGCCACGAUUCUAGUGGAGGGGUACAACAAGCUGUACUCAUCGAUGCUGUUGUAGUUGUAUAGCAUAUUGUAUAUUGUGCUUUAUGGGGGGCUCUGAGCUAGUAACAUCCG